AGAGUGGAGCCUGCAUCUUCACUCAAAAAGCAGUUUUGACUUUCUCUGUGUGCCUCUCUCAGACAGACUCACACAGGCUCGUUCUCAGUGCUGGACUGAAAAACCCUCCCAGCUCUGAUCUCCGGCUUCGGGCCACCAGAGAAGAUGCUUCAGCAUUACUCUUCAUGAGAUUACUGCAAGACUGAGUGGAGUGGCAGCUCUGCAGCUGAUGGGCUGCUGCUGCUCCUUCCAUCUUUAUCUCUCUUUUAAUUGGGACGCUGGGGAGAAAUAAAUAGCUCAGCACGCACUGUUGGGAGGCAAAUGAAUGGAACAGACUGACAGGGGAUUUCCCCAGGCUGCCUUCACACCAAUGGACCUGGAUGCACGUUUUGAACUGGCCAUACUGUGUAAUUUCUCUUAUUUUUUGGUAAAAUACUUUUUGCGACGAAAUUAUUUCUGAAGAGCUUCCAGACCGAGCAUUUUGUGGACUUUCUCUUUCACAACACUCACACCAUAUCUUAGGCUCAAGCAUGUGCUCUAUAGUCAUGCUUCAUCAGUGGAGUCUGGCUGUGUUCCUGCUGUGCUCACCAGUGGCUCUUGAUGGGAAACCAGUUGAUGUACUUAACAGCAGAAUGAGGAGGUCAGUGAGCCACGCCCAGCUGAUGCACGACAAGGGCCGCUCUUUGCAGGAGUUCAAGCGUCGCAUGUGGCUCCACGAGCUGCUUGAGGAGGUGCACACGGCUGACGAGCGAGCUCCACCUGUGCAGAGCAGAACCCAGAGCCAAAUCUUCAGUGGGAAUGCCCUGCACGAGAAGCCCCCAGGGGCCACCAAGAACCUCCCUGACAGAUUCGGGUUGGACAGAGAGGGACCCAACCUGCCCCAGGAGACCAACAAGGCUCUGGCUUAUAAGGAUCAGCCACUAAAAGUAGCGACCAAGAGGAAGAAAAAGGUGAGAUUAGGCCGACGUAGAGAGAGCGACAAGAAGCGCAGGCGGGCACGGUCACCCACAACACAGGAGCCGUGAAGGAUGCAGCAGCCUUGCGAAGAGACUCGCAGCAGCCUUUAUAUGGUACUGCACUAAGACACUGACAUAGGUUCAACUAGACUGGGAUCUGAGAGACUCAGCCCAUUACUGAUGCAGUCACUUCAUGUUACGGCCCCAGGGUUGUGCUUGUAUGAUAAUAUUUUGCUAUGUGUCUAUUUUCAAUCUCAUACUUCCUGAAGUUUUGUGAAUAUCGUAACACCUUAGGUCCAUAUUUAUUUGGAAACUCUGUAAGCCUCUGUAAUCCUGAUUAACAUCAAAAAUGCUGUGUCAUGUCAUCUCUAACCAGCUGUGUGCACAAGCAGAUCAUUGGAGGAACUAUUUAUUGCCUGAAUAUAAUGUAACUUCACAAAACUGGGAGGCUGAAUGGUCUACUUUUGUUUGGCUCUACAUGUGUUGACUAUUGUGGACUUACAUACAAACUGUUCAUUGAAUACAUCUGUUUGAACUGCUCUGCCGUAAUUUAUUUUACUUUGAAAGUGUAUAUUUAUUUUGUGAAUGUAACACGGUGCUGCUGACUAAAUUCCAUAAUGCACUUUAGUUAUAUCCUGUACAUGUUCUUUUGUGGUUGAGUUUUAACUGGAUGUUUCUUUUUGAUGUUCCUGCUUUCCUUUCCCACCUUAGCUCAUGGACUUGUAACUUAUUGGAUGCUUCGUCAAACCUGCUCUGACCUUUUUACAUUAUAGUUUAUUUUUAUAGAACAAGCCCAAGACAGCGGCUCUCAGACUCAUUUAAUGUUCUUCGUUUGCACUGAGGGCAUACUGUACAUGUUUCCAGUUAAUCAAACAUUAAAAGUGUAGCCAUUAGAAACA